GUCCGCGUCUACCCUGCGCGGGGGAGGCGGGGCGCGCGGAGGAGCCCGGCCCGCUCUAAACAUCCUGCGGAGAGGCCGUCGCAGGGCUCCAUGGAGACGCGGGGGAAGCCCCCGCCGCCCAGCAGCCAGCGGGGGCCGGUGCUGCACAUCGUAGUGGUCGGGUUCCACCACAAGAAGGGCUGCCAGGUUGAAUUCUCCUAUCCUCCCCUCAUCCCAGGAGAAGGACAUGACAGCCACAGUUUACCAGAAGAAUGGAAAUACUUGCCUUUCCUUGCCUUGCCAGAUGGAGCUCACAACUAUCAAGAAGAUACUGUGUUUUUCCACUUGCCACCAAGAUGUGGAGAUCGAACCACAAUAUAUGGUGUCUCGUGCUAUAGGCAGAUUGAAGCCAAGGCACUGAAGGUGCGGCAAGCAGAUGUCACCCGAGAAACGGUACAGAAAAGUGUCUGCGUUCUAAGUCAGCUGCCUUUGUAUGGAUUACUUCAAGCAAAGCUACAGCUCAUUACUCAUGCCUAUUUUGAAGAAAAAGACUUCUCACAAAUUUCAAUUCUUAAGGAACUUUAUGAGCAUAUGAAUAGCUCUUUGGGAGGAACUACACUGGAGGGGUCACAAGUUUAUCUUGGUCUGUCUCCCCGAGAUCUUGUCCUUCAGUUUAGACACAAGAUCUUAAUUCUUUUUAAAUUGAUUCUUCUAGAGAAAAAGGUGGUGUUUUAUAUUUCUCCAGUAAAUAGACUGGUGGGAGCACUGAUGACUGUCCUGUCUCUCUUUCCUGGUAUGAUUGAACAUGGUCUUACUGACAGUUCACAGUACAGACCAAGAAAGAGUAUAUCAGAGGAUACUGGCCUGCGGGAAGUUACUCCCCCUUUAGAUGAUUAUGUUUCUGUGUCUGCUGCUGACAUUUCAAAUACAAACUCAGGAAUGGGUGAUGAAGGCAGGAAGCUAUCAGGAAAUCAUGUCCAGGAUGCUCAGAAAACAGAUGUGCCUUUAUUCCAUUCUGAAAAGAAUUGCAAUGGAUCACAGUCCUCCAAUGGCACUGGACAACAUUUGAAACCUCCUUCACGCACUUCUCCAGAGUCUUCUGAAAGUGACUGGGAGACCUUGGAUCCUAGUAUUUUGGAGGAUACUAACUUGAAAGAAGAACAGACUGAAAUCCUUUCAAAAGAAUGCACAAUGUCGGAAAGCCCUCCAAUUACUGUGCAACCUCAGGCUAAAACAGGACAUGUGGUUCUUGUUCCAGGACUGAUAUCGGGGUUGGAGGAGGACCAGUAUGGCAUGCCAUUGGCUAUUUUUACUAAGGGUUACCUUUGCUUGCCAUACAUGGCACUGCAACAGCAUCACCUCCUCUCUGAUGUAACAGUCCGUGGCUUUGUUGCGGGAGCCACCAACAUCCUGUUCCGGCAGCAGAAGCAUCUAAGUGAUGCAAUUGUAGAAAUAGAGGAAGCCCUUGUCCAAAUCCAUGAUCCAGAACUCAGGAAGAUCCUGAACCUCACAACUGCUGACCUGAGAUUUGCAGACUACUUGGUGAAGCAUGUAACUGAGAACAGGGAUGAUGUUUUCCUCGAUGGCACUGGCUGGGAGGGAGGAGACGAGUGGAUCAGGGCUCAGUUUGGUGCCUAUCUGCAUGCAUUGCUUGCUGCUAUGCUGCAGCCAGGUAAAUUCUGGUAACCUCUUUAGGGGCUGAGGUGAGGAUGGGGAGGGGAGGCUGAAUGCAUAAUAAACAAUUGCCCCAUUGCAUUUUCAGCUUAGCUCAUACUCAUCCUUUAUCUCAGUUGAAAAAAUUCUUUUUUUUAAUCCCUUGACCAUCUUCAUUAAUUUCUUGCUGUAUUCUAUAUUGUUAACUCUAAAUCAUUUAGAGUUAUUAUAUUCCCCCUUUGUUAUCUUCUCUUGGGUAUUUGUGUUAAUUUCCAUUACCCUCUCCUCAUAAAUAGAAAUUUAUACAUGCAGACUUCCUGCUACUUUAGGGUCUCUUUGUGAACUUUAGCUAUUCCCAAUUGUUUAUGCAGAAUUUAAACAGCUAACUCUCUAAAUUUUUUAGGAAAGGUUCUGUUUGCCCAGUAUUGACCCUUUUAAUUGCCCUCCCCUUCAUAAUUAUUCUCAGUUGACUGCCUGUCAACCAAUUCUGUGUCCACCCUAUGAUAUUCCUGAGCAAAUACUGUAUCAAGCUUCACUUCAAACAUAGAUGUAUUAAGUCCUCUGUGUUCUCUGUAUCUGCCAGCUUUGUACUUUUAUUUAAGAUGACUAACUGUUUGUGGCAUAACAUGCUUUUCAUGAACCCCAUGAUAGAUUUUACUUUUCCCUUCUGAAUAUUCUAGAUAAAUUUUCUGUAUUUGUAAAUAUAUUAUUAAAGGGACAUUAAUGUAACACACCUGAAGUGUGUGGUGGUUGUUCAUUAAUUCACACU